UCCCUCUACCCACCCCCUCCCUUUAAACAAACUAUUCUCUCUUGGUCCCUCCCCCCACUUCCACUCCUAUUCUCCCCUUUACGUACUAUUAUCCCCAUCCAUGUCCCUCUAAUACUCUCUUCACCCUCCCCCAUUCUCUCUUGGAGUGAAGUCUCUCAAAGAUGAAGCUGCUGGGUUGGAUGCACCGCAAGCUCCGGCAGAAUAGCGGCGAUGGGUUCAAAGACCUUCCGGGAGGCGGCACGUGCAAUUGCCUCUCGGGGCGGCCGUCGCUUGAGGAGGAGCACAACCGCCGGCGACACCAGUUAAACGCUUUCCCGUCGCGGAGCCUCCGCCUGCCGGCUGCGGUGGAGUUUGUCGAAGAGGGAGGCGGCGGAGGAGGGGGAAGGGAACAGGCAGUGGAGGACCUUUUCGGAGGGCUGCUCGCCAUCGGGACUCUAGGGAUCGGGACGGGACCGAUCGAGGAGGAGGAGACGGCGGUGGAGGAGGAGGAGGAGGCGGCGACGCCGGGGUUCGGUGCGGGGGCGACGGUGGAGGCGAUCACGGAGAAGCAGGCGGAGGCGACGACGGAGACGGAUCUGAUGGUGGUGAGCGCGGAGCUGGAGAAGGUGCUGGCGGCGGAGACGGAGAAAGCCACCGCCGCCGCUGGCGGCGGCGGCGACCGCCUCUCUUCCGCCAGGCCCAGCCACGUCAGCGCCGGAUCGUCGGCGUGCCCCCUCCAAGGAUUCCUCUUCGGGUCUCCGAUCGAGAUCGCGGAGACGGCGCCGGCGGCCGCCGGGCGGAGGGAGCGGAGGGCCUCGCUUGGAGAGCUGUUCAUGAGGAGCCGGAUGGCGGAGGAGGGCGGUGGGAAGAGGGAGGAAACGACGGCAGCCGGAGGCGGCGUCACCGCCAUCGGCGAUGGGGACGGGAGGUCGACGGCCGGGAUGCACCUGAUGAAGAAGCUGAAGCGUCGCGGAUCUAGAGGCCUCGGCGGCGGGCCCGGGGAGGCCUCGGCGGCGGAGACCCCGUUCCAGAAGAUCCUGCAAAUCUUCCACCGGAAAGUUCACCCUGAGAACUCCGUUGCAGCCAAGAAAACUGCAAGGUCAGGCAAGAAGAAUGGUGGAGGAAAUGACUUCCAUGGUUGCGGGGGCGCCGCGAUAGCUGCUUCCAAGAGCAUUUGCAGAAAGGAAGGAACUCCAAACUUCAAGUCUUGCUCUAAUGCUCCACCUCUCGCCAUCAGUGGAAGCGGCUCUAAUGCCAACCGCGAGCAUUGGAUCAAGACCGAUGCAGACUGUAAGUGAGCCUCUCACAGCAUGAUCAAAAUGCAUGACCUGAUCUGGUGUUGGAGCUUUAGAAAGGAGAGGAGGCAGCUAAAGGAGUGGAUUCCAAAGCAAGAACAAUGGUUAUCUAUAGAUUAAACUAAGAUCUAGUUAUCUACUUGCAAACUGAGUGCUGUGUGUGAAUUAUAUGUGGUGUUAUUGUUCCUAGAGGGCUUAGAAAAGAAUAAAUUUAAAAGUAUAUAUGAUGAACUCUGGCAUGAAUGUCAUAAAAACCAAGCUAGUGUUCUGCAUUAUUCGAAGUACCCCCCUACGCACUCUUUAUUAAGUAGAGAGUGAGAUAUAGCUUCUAGUA